AUGCCUCAAGGGAAAACGGCCAAGGGAGGGGUGCUGCAGGCCGCUGGCAGUAGCAGGGGCAUUGAACCCCUGCCUGAUGGAGUCCUUGAACACAUCCUUGGCUUCUUGCCGUCUGAGAAGGCCAUCCGCACGAGCGUGCUCGCCCGCAGAUGGCGCCACCUCUGGAAAUCUGCCACGGGCCUGUGGGUGGGGUCCGUGGACCCAGAUCAACUGGAGUCUGUGGAGGAUCUCCGGAGCUUGGUGAACCAUCUGCUGCUCCUCCGCAGAGAUUCACCCCUCGAGAAAUGCUAUUUCACGUUCAAUGCUCAGCUCAGCAGCCAUGAUGAUGUGUCCCACCUCAUGGAUUGUGAGUUGUCAUCGGUCAACAAGAUUGUGUCCGAGUCCCCGAAACAUCUUAUCAUCAUUUUUUCCAUAGGCAGCUCUGAUUCUCGCAUCAACAUUUACACCCCAAAUGUUGCCUCGCUGCGCCUUGAGCAUUUUGAGGGGAGGACUCCCAUUCUUGAGGGGAUGCCCUCAUUACUUGAGGCAUCUGUCAAAAUAGCAGGGGGGUGUAGGGACCGCUGCACUAAUGCAAAUUACUUUUGGACUUGUGAUUGUGAAUCUUGUGAUAGUUCUGAUAGCACAGCCAAUGGCAAUAUCAACUGUGUGCUUCUAAGAGGUUUAUCGGAGGCUAAGAGCUUGGCGUUGAAAUCUGCAUCUAACAUGUGGUUUAAACAUAAAGUGGAAAUCAAACUACGUGUCAGCUCAAUGAAGAGAUCAACUGCAAUUUCAGAACACCUUAAGAUAGUUGAGAUCAAGUGUGAAGUGGUUGACGAUAGAGUUCUCAAGAUUAUGAAGUUUCUGUCUGCACUUAACAUAUGUUUCAGCUUAGAUGAAAUGAAGACUUUGGAGUAG